AUGGCCCAGCUGUACUACAAAAGGGUCAACUACUCACCCUACAGAGACCGAAUCCCCCUGCAAAUUGUGAGGGCUGAGACGGAGCUCUCUGCAGAGGAGAAGGCCUUCCUCAGUGCCGUGGAGAAGGGGGACUACGCCACUGUGAAGCAGGCCCUCCAGGAGGCCGAGAUCUACUACAAUGUCAACAUCAACUGCAUGGACCCACUGGGCCGGAGCGCCCUGCUCAUUGCCAUUGAGAAUGAGAACCUGGAGAUCAUGGAGCUACUGCUGAACCACAGCGUGUACGUCGGUGACGCAUUGCUCUACGCCAUCCGCAAGGAAGUGGUGGGCGCUGUGGAGCUUCUGCUCAGCUACAGGCGGCCCAGUGGAGAGAAGCAGGUCCCCACUCUGAUGAUGGACACCCAGUUCUCUGAGUUCACACCGGACAUUACUCCCAUCAUGCUUGCUGCCCACACCAACAACUACGAAAUCAUCAAAUUGCUCGUCCAAAAACGGGUCACUAUCCCCCGGCCCCACCAGAUCCGCUGCAACUGUGUGGAGUGUGUGUCCAGUUCAGAGGUAGACAGCCUGCGCCACUCCCGCUCCCGGUUGAACAUCUAUAAAGCGCUGGCGAGCCCCUCACUCAUCGCCUUAUCAAGCGAGGACCCCAUCCUAACUGCCUUCCGCCUGGGCUGGGAGCUCAAGGAGCUCAGCAAGAUGGAGAAUGAGUUCAAGGCUGAGUAUGAGGAGCUCUCCCAGCAGUGCAAGCUCUUUGCCAAAGACCUGCUGGACCAGGCUCGGAGCUCCCGGGAACUGGAGAUCAUCCUCAACCAUCGAGAUGACCACAGUGAAGAGCUUGACCCUCAAAAGUACCAUGACCUAGCCAAGCUGAAGGUGGCCAUCAAAUACCAUCAGAAAGAGUUUGUGGCCCAGCCCAACUGCCAACAGUUGCUUGCCACUCUGUGGUACGAUGGCUUCCCUGGAUGGCGGCGGAAACACUGGGUAGUCAAGCUUCUGACGUGCAUGACCAUUGGGUUCCUGUUUCCCAUGCUGUCUAUUGCUUAUCUGAUCUCACCCAGGAGCAACCUUGGGCUGUUCAUCAAGAAACCCUUUAUCAAGUUUAUCUGCCACACAGCCUCAUAUCUGACCUUCCUCUUCAUGCUUCUCCUGGCUUCUCAGCACAUCAUUAGGACGGACCUCCAUGUGCAGGGGCCUCCCCCGACUGUAGUGGAAUGGAUGAUAUUGCCUUGGGUUCUCGGUUUCAUUUGGGGGGAGAUUAAGGAAAUGUGGGAUGGUGGAUUUACUGAAUACAUCCAUGAUUGGUGGAACCUGAUGGAUUUUGCAAUGAACUCACUCUACCUGGCAACUAUUUCCUUGAAGAUCGUGGCCUAUGUCAAGGUAACUUGGAAUGUUCGCCAUUUUUCUUAAACAAUGAUUUUGGUUACAUUAAGCUUUAGCUGUGGGAGCAUAAAAAGUUUAGGAGGAAAGUGCUGAUGACAGUUCAGUCCAUGUGGAAAAGUACCAUAAAACAGACAUUCUUUCAGUGGUUUGUAAGCAGUGUCCACCUAACCAAAGAAAGUGGAGAAUGGAGCAAUUUGCAAAUGAAUUCUUAGCUUCUUCAACUCUGACAGUCAUCCACCUCAAUUAGCGUUUACGUCCUUUCUACAAUGUCCUCGCCAAGAAGAUGGUCCACUGAUGCUUGCACAGGGCAGAGACUAGGAAAUUCACUGAAUUUCCAGAAGCCUCUCUCAAUACUUGUCACUUCAUUAAAAAGUGCUACUUUGUAUUUUUCUAAUAUUAUUCUCCCUGUGACACAUCCAUUAGUAAUCCUUCCUCCCUGUAGGGUCAAACGGAAUGGGGCUGUUCCUCCUCCAUAAAGGGCUUCCAAUAUGACGUCAUCUCUCCCUAACCCGCUGAGCUGUCUCUUCCCAGAGCUAAGUAUUCACACUUCCCUCAAGUGUUCUUCAUUGGAUAGGGAGCAGAACCCUAGAAUCACAUCACUUCCACCACCAGGAUGAUCAUUCAAGCUGUUAUGAAUCCCGCCUUUCGAGUAUCACCCAAUCUAUGUCUCCACGAAUCUAGAUCACACACACAC